AUGGCGAUGGUUAUACAUCGUUACCUUGUUGAAGGCAUUGCUCGGAUAUGCUCAGACAGUUUCUUCAAGCCUUCUCGGGUAAGCUGGCUAGGACCAGUGGCAGCAGCAGUAGUGGGAGCAGGAGCUGCUUGGCUUGCCGUUGCUGCCUUUCACGUCCACCUGCGCGGGCGUGAGGCGUGGAAUCCAAACAAUGGCGCUGGGAUCCGCGGAUCUAUAGGCGAGGCCAGGCGCGGGAUGGGAUCUGGGACCAGCAAGGCCGCUUCGCCGGCGCCGGCGCCGGCCGGCGGCGAGGCCAAGGCGCGGAAUGGGAAGCCGAGGGGGAGGAGCCUGAUGCGCCUGCCCAGCUACUCCUGCUUCCGGGGCUUCACGCCCGAGUCUGACCCUUCUUCUUCGCUGCCGGCGCCGCCGCCGCUAGGGGUCGAGUCAAGCAAGGGAGGGGAGACGCCUUCACUCGCUCACAUUGGCAUAUCAGAUAAUGAUGCUCCAUCAGCUCCUAAACUGAAUCCAAGUGAAGGCAGAACGACGCCUUCAUCAGAUACCGACAGAGAUCAAGGUGAUGAUGUAUUGCAGAAUGUCACUGCUACCAGGACUGCAGUCGACGACGACCAAUCGCCAAAUCCUUCUGACCGGCCGCGUCCAUGCUUUGGUGUCAACUUUGGGUUGAGUAGAGCCGUCAGCUUGGGAUCAUCAGUGGCAUGCUCCAUUAUGUCAACCGGCCUCUCCUCUUCAGCUAAUCCUAGUAUUGGAAAUGUGGACCAUCCUUCCGAUGCAAGCAUCCCUCAACAAGGUGGUGCAUCAACUUCUGGGAUUUAUUCAAGUCUGGAUAUGCUAAGGGAUAGCGUCACAACACAAGCUAGAGCCGCUCAUCAGGCUAGGAGAAAUUUGCUGGAAUCUGAAGAUGCUAACUUGAGGCAUUCGCACAGAAGGAUGGGACCCCAGGAACCUUCUGAAGGCAGUGUCCGGUUUAGCCGGACACUUAGUGUUGGAAGACUUCGUGACAGGGUCCUCAGGAGGACUCCAUUCUCAGAUAGUUUAUUCACCUCUUCACUUUAUGAUAGACCAGUGUGGACAGCAGGAAAUGCCAGUGCGAGGCAAGAUUCAUCUGUGAUGCAACGGACUAAUUCAGACAGAGGUUCCGAACCGCAAUCAGAACCUUCAACUAACAGCACGUACAAUUCUGGCUCUGCAACUCUAAGAGAGGCCAGCAAUUGGGAUCUUCUUGAGCGGAGAUCAGCUUUUCUUGAAAGGAGGAGGAGGAUACGAUCUCAGGUCCGAGCUCUCCAAAGGUUGGGCAGCAGGUUUGAAAAUUUAUCAGGUCAUGAGAGAUCAUGCAUUCUAUCUGGUCAACAUAGAACAGGAAAUUGCAACUGCAGGGCAAGCAGUCGACCAGGUAAUCCUGAUGAAGAAUCCGGCACAAGGGCUAGCAUAUCAAGAAUUGUUAUGCUAGCAGAAGCACUCUUUGAGGUCUUGGAUGAAAUCCACCAACAGUCUGCUGCUUUAUCCUCAAGGACAUCAUUACCUUCAAUUGGAUCCGUUCCUGCUCCAAAGGAGAUCGUCGAGAGUCUUCCUGUCAAGGUGUACAGAAAGCCGUUGAAACACCAAACUGAUGAGGCUGCACAAUGCUACAUUUGCCUUGUCGAAUAUGAAGAAGGAGACUGUGUUCGCAUACUUCCAUGCAAUCACGAAUUUCAUCUAACAUGUGUAGAUAAGUGGCUGAAAGAGAUUCACAGGGUUUGUCCACUCUGUCGUGGCGAUGUCUGCCGAUCGGAUUCGUCGAGCAUAGGGAAAUUCAGCUGA